AUGUACAUCUCGAGCGCGCCCCUGGUUGCCGCUGCCGUCGCAAGCGGCAUUGUUGGUUCUGCCUGGGCAGCUGCCCAUCAACUAACGAUCUUGCUACACCAACAAGGUGCUGUCGCUUCACUCUCGCUCAAGGUCAUACCUGCACUCCAGACAUCACCCCAGUCCACUGCUCCGAUAUGGGCGGACUUGUACAGACGUGGAGCAGCCCUUUUCCCACAAGUCGCGGUUGGACUUGCUCUUGCAUAUGGAUACGCUGCCUAUGAUGUGCAGAGUCACGGCGGACAAUGGAUUGGGUUUGCAGCUGCGGCUAGCAGUGUCUUGGCCAUCGUGCCCUUCACCUUGACUGUCAUGAUGACGACUAAUGUUUCGUUGCAGAAGGCAGCCAAAGAUGGGAUACCGGGCAGUGAUCCCCAGGUCAAGCACCUGUUGAACACUUGA